AUGAUUCCUAACUUCCUGUUUCUGCUCCUGCUCCUCACAGUUGAAGGAAGCGAGUCCUCUGAGAAAGUGUGCAGUUAUCAGGACGUUUUAAACUACCUGAACUUGACCAAAGGCAGCGAUCUGUUCUCCAUGACCCGCCCUGUUAAAGACUACAGAAAGCCUACAAGAGUCUCCCUUGAAGUUCUGCUCUAUGCCAUUCUAGAUGUGAGAGAAAUUGACCAGACGUUUGUUCCUUAUGUUUGGAUUGUCUUGGACUGGAAGAAUGAUUUCAUUAACUGGAAUCCCUCAAACUUUUGUGGUAUUAAGACUGUUACUCUUCCUACUGAAGUUCUGUGGAAGCCAGAUCUCACUAUUGAAGAGAUGACAGAAAAGGACAAAGCUCCUCCGAGUCCUCUUCUCACUAUUAAAUACUCCGGUAUAGUCCACGUACAGAAUGACCAGGUUCUGGUUAGCACCUGCAGGAUGCAAGUGUAUAAAUUCCCCUUUGACGUUCAGAGCUGCACCCUCUCCUUCAAAUCUGUUGUUCACUCUGUCACAGAAUUAAGGCUUGUUCACAACCUGAGCUCUUCGGAGACCACCAAGUGGUCACGUGAGUUGAUGCGGACUCAGUAUGAGUGGCUGUUCAUCAACAUGACAGUCACCAACAAAACGGUCGCCUCAUUCGGCUUUGUCCAAGAUGUGAUCAUUUUCACUAUCUCCAUGAAAAGGAGGUCUAUUCUUUACAUCAUCAACUUCCUGCUGCCUGUCCUCUUCUUCUUGUGUCUGGACCUGGCCUCCUUUCUGAUCUCAGACAGCGGGGGAGAGAAGCUCAGCUUCAAGGUCACGGUGCUGCUCGCCGUCACGGUGAUGCAGCUGCUCCUCAAUGAAAUUUUGCCUUCUUCGUCAGACAAGAUUCCGCUUAUAGCGGUCUACUGCAUUGGGAUCUUUGCUCUGAUGAUGCUCAGCCUUCUGGAGACUAUACUGGUCAUGUAUCUGAUGGAGAGAGACUCAUCCCAGGAAAACGAAACACACAGAGAGCAAAGCCUGAGAGGAGACGGUGGGAACAGACGAGGUAAAGUCAACUUCCAUAAUUUCCUUCCAGAGAUGAAGAAAUGGAUUCAGUGUGCGUGUAUCUCUGAUGUGUCCACUGAUGAAACCCCAGCUGAUCUGCUGAAGCGGCGCAGCAGCCCGAUGACGGAGGAGCCGCAGGCCUUUGAAAAGCUCUCAGAUGAGCUGAAGGAGGUGGUGAAAACACUGACUCUACUCCUCAACAGCAAAAAGGAAGAAGGGUCGCCCAGUUACCUGGCCCGCAAGAUUAAAGCAAUCAACAAAGUUUACUUCAUAUUUUAUGUCACAGCUUCAGGUCUGUUUCUAUUCAGUAUGUUUUUCAUCUGGCUUCAAGCACAUGAAUGAAACAGGCUGAGAUCUGUUUCCCACUUCGUACUGAUUUAUUAUUCCACAAUUAUUCCCGCCACCUGAUGGUAGUACUAUGAGCACUAAUGGUGUCUAGUUUUCCAAUUGCGAUAAGUGCAUGCUUUACACACUGUUGCAUGGCAUAGCCUAUAUGACACUGAUCUGGUUGUAUUAUCACAUUGUACUUGUAAGUGGCAGGUUUGUAAGCUGUUGACAUGUAACAUGCACAACUGUGACGUUUAAUGGAUUCACAAAAACACAAUAAAAAGGCAUGCGAGCAGA